AAUAAAAAAAUAAACCCAAGAUACUUCGACCGUUGGGUUCCGCCACUCCAGCUCUGUUCAUUAUCUUCUUCUAUCCCCAGACCCCAAAUAUCGAAAUAAAAACUAUCAGCCAAAAACAACUCAAGAAGCAGAACAAUCAAAGAAACCAACAAUCAAAUCAUACAAAAUUCCCUUUAUAAAUAAAACUUCAAUUCAAUGGCUUGCUUACCAAACCCUGUUUCUCUAAUUUCUCAAACAACAUUACACAGAACUUCUACUACUAUUAGACAUUCUUCAAUGAGCACCACCAUUAAAUCCAUGGCCAAAGAACUUUAUUUUAAUCAUGAUGGCUCUGUCACAAAAAAACUUCAGGCAGGGGUUGAUUUGGUGGGAGAUUUGUUAGGGGUAACAUUGGGUCCAAAAGGAAGAAAUGUGGUUUUGCCAAAUAAAUAUGGACCUCCCAAGAUUGUCAAUGAUGGUGAGACUGUUCUUAAACAGAUUGAGUUGGAGGAUCCUCUAGAGAAUAUUGGAGUGAAGUUGGUAAGACAAGCCGGUGCUAAGACUAAUGAUCUUGCCGGUGAUGGUUCAACGACAUCGAUAGUUCUUGCUCGCGGUCUCAUUGAUGAGGGUGUGAAGGUCAUUGCAGCAGGCAGGAAUCCUAUCCAAAUCUCACGUGGCAUCGAGAAGACAGCAAAUGCCCUGGUUUCUCAUCUGAAAUUGAUGUCUAGAGAGAUUGAAGAUCAUGAAAUUGCAGAUGUGGCAGCUGUUAGUGCAGGAAAUGAUUAUGCAGUAGGCAAUAUGAUUGCUGAAGCUCUUGAAAAAGUAGGGAGGAAAGGUGUGGUAAGAACUGAGAGAGGAACAGGCACAGAAAACACAAUGCAGAUUGUAGAAGGAAUGCAGUUUGAUAGAGGUUACUUGUCCCCUUACUUUGUCACUAAUCGACGGAAGAUGACAGUAGAGUACGAUAAUUGCAAGUUGCUAUUGGUUGAUAAGAAGAUCAAACAUCCUAAAGAGGUGUUCAAAAUGUUGGAAAAAGCCGUGAAAGGAGAUUUUCCUAUUGUGAUAGUUGCAGAGGGUAUAGAGCAGGAAGCCCUAGCUCCAAUAAUCAGGAACAAGCUUAAGGGUUCUCUUAAGGCUGUUGCUAUCAAAGCUCCUGACUUUGGAGAACGUAAAAGUCAUAGCUUGGAUGACAUUGCUAUCUUGACAAGAGUUCUCAUGCAUUGUGCAGCAACUGUAAUCAGAGAUGAUUUGGGUCUCGAUUUAGAAAAGGUUGGAAUGGAUGUGUUAGGAACUGCUACGAAAGUCGUCAUAACUAACAAAACUACUUUAAUUGUUACUGAUGGAAGUACAAGGCAAGCUGUUGAGAAGAGAGUUUCUGAAAUCAAAGCAUAUGCUGAGCAUGUCCAAGAGAAUUUUCAAAAGAAAAUUUUACAUGAAAGAAUCGCAAGGUUAUCUGGGGGUAUUGCUAUCAUUGAGGUGGGAGCUCAUACACAGAUUGAACUGAAAGAUAAACAACUGAGGAUUGAAGAUUCUUUGAAUGCAGCUAAGGCGGCUAUUGAAGAAGGUGUUGUAGUUGGUGGUGGAUGUACCCUUUUACGGCUGUCAUUGAAGGUUGACGAAAUCAAAGAGCAGCUAGAUAAUGAGGAGCAAAAGGUUGGAGCGGAGAUCUUUAGACGGGCUUUGUCCUACCCGAUAAGAAAGAUAGCAGAAAAUGCAGGUGUUAGUGGUAGUGUGGUUGUACAGAAGGUUCUUUCAAAUGAUGACUUAAGAUAUGGGUACAAUGCUGCAAGUGAUUGCUAUCAGAAUCUGAUGGAAGCUGGGAUCAUGGAUCCUACAAAGGUGGUCAGGUGCUGCUUGGAGCAUGCAGCAUCUGUUGCAAAGACAUUUCUUAUAUCGGAUGCUGUUGCCGUUGACAUUGAGGAAAGACAACCAUUUCCAAGGACACCUAUGCCAAUGCCCAUGUCAGGUGUUGGACCUGUUGGGAUGUAGUCAGUUCAUAUAACAAAGGAUGUGUCUUGCCAAAUUGAGGGUAGACUCGGUUGUUCCCCGAGUUGCAGAUUAUCAUCAACGACGUAGAAACUCCUCUGACAAUUUCACUUUAGAGAGUUAUGCUGCUUUGCGUGAUCUUGAUGGUGAAGAUAGUCUUUAGCAGUGCUUGCUGUGCUUCACAUACAACUUCUUUGAAGGAAUUGAGAUUAAGGGUGGUAACCAUCAUAUAGUUCAUUCCAUAAAUCAGGCUCUUCUAAGAUUGUGUGCAAAGUGACCUAGAGCACAUGCCUCUCAUCUUUGAGGGCCCAAAUUGUAGUUCAUUGUUUGUAAAAAGUAUCCUAAUUCUCACGCUUCAUCUGCUAUUUUUGUAAAAAUAAUCUUGAUAUGAUUAUAUCAUUAGAUGUGCUUUCAUAUUUUCAAAA